CCCCCCUCCCCGGGUUUUCUUUCUUCCUGCCUCGCCUUCCUGCGGGGAAGGAGGCUCAUCCAUUAUAAAUGCACGGCCUGACAUCACUGCUGCCAUCAGAGACAGAGACAGCGGGAGACAGAGACAGGCAGAGACAGGAGGAGAGAUAGAUAGGGGGAGAGGGGCCCGGCCUGCGAGGACGGCUCGGUAAUCAGCUGCGAGGGGUGGUCCCCUCCUCUGCCUCCCCCCGCUGACGCGGGCCCCUCUGCAGGGCAGGCGGCCGACCCCCGCCCGGCUUCCAGAGACACGGAGACGCCGAGAGAGACGGCAGGAGAGAGCCCCCCUCGCCCUUCCCCGCCUCCUCCUCUUCCUCCGCCCGGUCUUCCGGACUCCCCAAGAGUUUCUGCAUGACUGUCACAAAGAUGUCCUGGCGCCCUCAAUACCGCAGUUCCAAGUUCCGCAACGUCUACGGGAAGGUAGCCAACCGAGAGCACUGCUUCGACGGCAUUCCCAUCACCAAGAACGUCCACGACAACCACUUCUGUGCGGUCAAUGCCAAGUUCCUCGCCAUCGUCACGGAGAGCGCGGGCGGGGGAUCCUUCCUCGUCAUCCCCUUGGAACAAACAGGGAGGAUUGAGCCAAAUUACCCUAAAGUCUGUGGUCACCAGGGCAACGUGCUUGAUAUCAAGUGGAAUCCUUUCAUCGAAAAUGUCAUUGCAUCGUGCUCAGAAGACACGUCGGUGAGGCUGUGGGAGAUUCCCGAUGGCGGCCUGAAGCGGAACAUGACAGAGGCCAUCUUGGAGCUGUACGGCCACAGUCGGCGGGUGGGGCUGGUGGAGUGGCACCCGACCACCAACAACAUCCUGUUCAGCGCCGGCUACGACUACAAGAUUCUCAUCUGGAACCUGGACAUCGGAGAGCCGGUGAAGAUGAUCGACUGCCACACCGACGUGAUCCUCUGCAUGUCCUUCAACACGGACGGCAGCCUGCUGUCCACCACCUGCAAAGAUAAGAAGCUGCGCGUCAUAGAACCCCGCUCGGGCAGAGUCUUACAGGAAGCCAGCUGUAAGAACCACCGCGUUAACCGGGUGGUCUUCCUCGGGAACACCAAGCGGCUUCUCACCACCGGUGUAUCCAGGUGGAACACGAGACAGAUUGCGCUCUGGGACCAGGAGGACCUGGCCGUACCUCUCACCGAGGAGGAGAUAGACGGUCUCUCCGGACUUCUGUUUCCCUUCUACGACGCGGACACGCACAUGCUCUAUCUGGCCGGAAAGGGCGAUGGGAACAUCCGCUACUAUGAAAUUGGAUCGGAGAAGCCCUACCUGAGCUAUCUUAUGGAAUUCCGCUCACCAGCCCCACAGAAAGGCCUGGGCGUGAUGCCCAAGCAUGGGCUGGACGUGUCAGCUUGCGAGGUGUUCCGAUUCUACAAGCUGGUGACCCUCAAGGGCCUGAUCGAGCCCAUUUCCAUGAUCGUGCCCAGGAGGUCGGAGUCUUACCAGGAAGACAUCUACCCCAUGACCCCCGGGACGGAGCCCGCUCUGACGCCAGAUGAAUGGCUGGGAGGAGUCAACAGAGAUCCCGUGCUGAUGUCUCUCAAAGAAGGCUACAAGAAGUCUUCCAAGGUUGUCUUCAAGGUGCCAAUAAAAGAGAAGAAGAGCAUGGUGGUCAAUGGAAUUGACUUAUUAGAAAAUGUGCCUCCCCGAACAGAGAACGAGCUCCUUCGAGUGUUCUUCCGACAGCAAGAUGAGAUUCGAAGAUUGAAAGAUGAGCUCUCCCAGAAAGACAUUCGGAUUCGGCAGCUACAGCUGGAACUGAAAAAUUUACGGAACAACCCCAAGAAUAAUUAAUUCCCGAGGGACAUUUUAUAAAUAAACUCUUUGUUUAGACUUGCUCUUUCAUUCGACUGGGUCUUGACACUGAAAAGGAGCCAGAAAAUUCAUGACCCGCCAAAGCAACCCUCACGCUCUGUUUCUGUACUCUAAUCUCGCCCUCAAAAGCACCUAAAGGGCAAUCAAUAAAUACCAUUGAUGAUAAUGAUGAUGAUGAUGAAUGAUGAUGAUAACUAUGAUUAUAAUGAUGAAAAGACCGGUAAGAUGUAUCUGAAAGCAACUGCAUGGAAGAGAUCUGGCUUUUAUGUUAUAUCGGAAGAUUUCUUGACUGUAAGCUCGUUGUGGGCAGGGAAUGUGUCCGUUUAUUGUUACAGUGUACUCUCCCGAGCACUUAGGACAGUGCUCUGCACACAGUAAGCACUCAAUAAAUAUGACUGACUGACUGAAUGAAUGAAUGGUCUAAGCAGGCCAAGAUGGAGUACGUUUAGAACUCUUGUAAGAAGGCACUGUGAAGAUCCUGAGAUCAGUGACAGAAAAAUUCCUUCCCGAUAGAACAAAAGCAAAAGGUCUUAUUGACACUUGCCUCUCCUUUGUUCCCCUCCUACCCAACCUCUUUGCCAGUGCUCUAAAUUGAGGCUUAAUUCCCCAGUAUUAAUUACAAGUCUCCCUUUGCCUUCCUCUCACUUUCAGUGUACGAGCAGUUUCAGAAAGUCCCACCUUGCAUGUUUAAGUUGUAAAAUCUGACUUUCCUAGCUGCCCUUUCCCUGCCAGUAAUAAGAGCCAUAUAUUUAAAUAAAACAAAACAAAAAUUACCGUU